GCGAGCUUCAUCCUCACCAACAUGGCGGCGGAGUGCAGCAGCUGGAGCGCAGCAGCGGCGCGCCUCAGCUCAGCUUCACUAACUUAACUCACACAACCGUGUGUACCGACGCAGCUUCGCAAAGAAUUAUUUUGUCGUUUCUGUCAUUGUAUUAUCGUGUACAUACAUGGACCUGUAGUUUGAUACUCGACUUUGGAGGGCAAAAAAAGCAUCUUUUUUCUUUUUUUUUUCGGUUAUCGUGACAACUUCCAAAACUCACCUGCUUGCCGUCAGGAACAGCGCGUUCCCAGUGAGUGUUCCAGCAGCAGCAGCAGCAGCAGCAGUGUAAACACUCCUUCUCAGAGGAAAACGGCAAAGAAACCGACCCGCAGCUUCUUCGCUGCUUUAAAUGGUUCAUUUUUUCCCCAAACAAAACAAGCCAUGUGAUCGUGUUUGGGAAAACAUGCAUCUAAACAUGAGUGAGAAUAAUUAUCCGCUGGAAGAGAGAGACAGAGACAGACUUCCUCCCAUCAUAAACCCUAGUUUGGAUCGUGGAACAAAGCUACCUUUCUCCUCGUAUGGCAGUUUCAUCUCCACCCUGAACCACAAAAGAGAGUCAGGCAGUCACAGCCUGUCCACACACCUCCUCUUACCUGCCGUCCGACAAGUGAGAGAGCUUCCCCCAAUCUAUCCAGAUGUGAGACAGAAGCAGCGAAUCUCUAUAGACGUUCUGCCUCCAGAAGUUAAAGCUCGCUUCGUCUCAGAUCCCAUCAUCCCCAUCCGAACUAAAACUGCCAAAGAGUUCCAAGAAGACGUUGAAAAGGCAACUAUCUCAGGUGAUUGGAAGCAUGUCCAUGAUUUCUACAUGACCACGUUCGACUCCUUCUUGGAACUCAAUGCUGCUUUUAAGAGAGAAGCAAAUGCUCCAUUCAACACUAUUGAAGACUCAGGAAUAAACACCAAAUUUGUCAAUACUGUUUAUGAUGCUUUGCUUCACACGCCCCCUGAUACCCAGAAAUCAGUCCUGAAGGGAAUCAUUAAUAGCUUAUUAAGAGAAUGGAAAGGACCGCGGACAAAGGACGACCUGAGGGCGUAUUUCAUACUUGUGCAGAACCCUCAGUACACCAGCACAGCCACAUAUGUCAUCUAUGCUCACUUACUGCGGCAAAUAGCGACCCUGCCUGAAGCAGAUCACCAUUUCCUGAUGCACUGGUUUAAGAAGCUAUCUCAGAAGCGUUUUAAGCAGCUGGUGGAACGCCUACAGCUCUUCAUCACCACACGGCUGUUCCCUGCCAAACCAGAGGAGCUACCGCCCAUGUCCAAGUGCUCAUGGUGGAUCCCAUCAGCCACCAAGGUUCUCUCCCUGCUAAAUGCUGCAAACAGCAUUUCUCCUUCUCCCAUCAUCCCCUUCUCUGAUUUCUACAAUCUCACACUGGACCACAUUGAUUUCAUGGAGGACUACCAGACAUGGCAAGUUCAUGGAAAUUCCAACAGGUUCACGUUCUGCCAGUAUCCUUUUAUCCUGUCUACAGUGGUGAAGAAGGCUAUUAUCCAAAGAGACUCUGAGCAACAGAUGAUCAGCAUGGCCAGGCAAACCCUGGUGGACAAGGUCUCUCGCAGACAGAGGGUGGAUAUGAGUCUGCUUUUUCUCAACAUUAAAGUAAGGCGUCUGCAGCUGGUCAGUGACUCACUGGAUGAGCUUUCAAGAAAGAGAGCAGACUUGAAGAAAAAGCUAAAAGUGACGUUUGUCGGGGAAGCAGGCUUGGACAUGGGAGGACUCACAAAGGAAUGGUUUCUUCUCCUGAUUCGACAGAUUUUUCACACCGACUAUGGCAUGUUCACAUAUGUGAAGGAAUCUCAAUGUCACUGGUUCAGCAACUGGAAGUGUGACAACUGUUCAGAGUACAGACUGGUUGGAGCUCUCAUGGGCCUAGCCGUGUACAACAGCAUCACCCUGGACAUCCGAUUCCCGCCAUGCAUCUACAAGAAGCUGUUGACUCCUCCCAUCGUGCCAUGUGACCUUGAUGCACCUGUUGGCAUGGCAACCCUCACCCUGGACGACCUGCAGCAAAUCAUGCCUGAUCUUGCUCAUGGCCUUGCAGAGCUGCUCAGCUAUGAGGGAAAUGUCGAAGAGGACUUCUAUACGACCUUUCAGGUUUUUCAAGAAGAACUUGGAGUCGUCAAGUCAUAUAACCUGAAGCCAGGUGGAGAUAAAAUCCCUGUGACUAACCAGAACCGAAAAGAGUACGUCCAGCUGUACAUCGAUUUCCUGCUGAAUAAGUUCAUCUACAGACAGUUUGCCGCCUUCUACCAUGGCUUUCACAGUGUAUGUGCUUCUAAUGCCUUGAUGCUGCUGAGGCCAGAGGAGGUUGAGAUCCUGGUUUGUGGGAGUCCCAAUCUGGACAUGAGCUCUCUGCAGAGGGUGGCGCAGUAUGAGGGCUACAGCAAGACAGACCCCACCAUCCGUGCCUUUUGGGAUGUGGUUCUAGCUUUCCCGCUGGAGCUGCAGAAGAGGCUUCUUCACUUCACAACAGGAAGUGACCGUGUUCCUGUGGGAGGGAUGGCAGACCUCAACUUCAAGAUCUCUAAGAUUGAUGUUUCCACAGACUGGUUACCCGUUUCGCACACAUGCUUCAACCAGAUCUGCCUGCCACCCUACAAGAGCAAGAAAGAACUACGGCAAAAGCUAACCAUAGCCAUUUCCUAUGCUGAGGGCUUUGGCUUGGAGUAGUGUGAUGGUCUAAAGGAAAAGGAAUACCCGAAGCCAUCCUUUCAGUAACUGUUAUUUUUGUUCAAUGGUUGCACAAUAGGCCCCAUUAGUAAAUGAUUUACGCACUGUAGCCGUCCUUAAAGCUAGACCUGAAGAUUCACAAGCAUUAGCCCAUUUGACAUGGCUGUGAUAUGUGUGUGUGUGUGUGUGUGUGUGUGUGUGUGUGUGUGUGUGUGUGUGUGUGUGUGUGUGUGUGUGUGUGUGUGUGUGUGUAUAUAUGGUAAGAAUUCUGUCAUGAACCAGGAUUCGAGAAAGAAUCCAGUUAAACUGUACUGUAUGCCUAGAAGUGUUCAGAUUUUGCAUUGUGUUAUGUAUAUCAAGGACCAAACAUUAUGUUUUAAUAGAAUAUGGUUUUGUUUUUAUAGCUUUGGCAAAAUAGCAGCAUGUGAUGUAUUCAUGAAAUAUCCAACUACAUCAGCAGGAUAGCUACAGAACUAUUUAAAUGAAAUUACCAUAUCAAACUUGGCAACUUUUACGAGUUUGAUUCUGUUUGACUAGCAGGGAUUUUAUGUAAUGUCCCACAGUUGUGCAAUGAGGAGGGCUGAAAAUAGGCCAGAGAGAAGCCUGGGCUAUAAAGUAGCUGGCAAACAGUCUGUCACUGAGACUGCUUCUGGUCUGAGCAUUUAAAGUGACAGUGCCAUGUCUCCAUGACUCCCUGGUAAUAACCAAGGCUAUGUUAGCGUGUAAUAGAUUUAGGUAUUUCCUCCAAUUCAUGUCCAGUGUUGGACUGUUCUAAAUAUUCCCUAAGUGAAUCUGAUGAUUGUUUUCAUGCUCAGAGAUGCUUUUGUUCUGUAUAUAAUUUUGUAUUCUCUGUGAAAGGAAAGGAACCGUGUAAAUGUCCGUUUUUUUUUUGUGUCUGUUACAGUGACUAGCUAUAAAACACACCGAUGGUGUGUCUCUGUACUAAAAAGUCUUUUGUGGUAGUUAUUACUGGCUAUUCUUGAAUGGAAAACGGACACAUCUGAUAACGGCAGGUACAACAUUUCAACACCAAACUGUUGAGAUUAAUUUAUUUUACAACCGUCCCACUGUCUUUUUUUUAUUAUUAUUUUAUAUAUAUAUAUAUAUAUAUAUAUAUAUAUAUAUAUAUAUAUAUAUAUAUAUAACACUUAAUCAUACAGCUGAUGCAAAUAGUGGCCUUAUGGAUAGUCAUUUUUUUACUGCUCAUUCAGAUAAAAUUAUAUUAUAGUUGAGCAGCAAUAAUUAUAGAACUUCCACUAGUUAGAAACAUCUCAUUGUUUUUUGUUUUUUUUUUGGUUUGUCUGUUUGUUUUUUUCCCAUACAGACUGUUGAAUCAACUUCUUGUUGACCUGUCCCACCCACUCCACUGAAAUCUCACCUCUGGUUUUGGCCUCCAUAGACAUUAGAUUAACUCUAUUGUCUUGAUUGUCAGCAAGAAUCUUGCAAGUGUUCACUUUAUUGUUGAUUCUGUUGUAUGACUGAAUACAAAUGUAUUUGCCAUGUAUUUAUUUUAACUUUGCUCAUUCUUAAUGAUUAAAGUUAUACAGCGA